AUGACGGAACCAGCGGCUAGGACGGGCAUGUUAUCAGGCUCUUUGCAACCAUUACCUGAGGAUGGCGAGUAUAGCCUGGAGCAUCCGAAGCAAGGUGGGGGCCGUCAAAGCCGCGCCGCGCACAUCGCCCGGCCAGCACCGGCUUAUCUCGGCUCAGCACGGCGAACUGUCGGCCGGCGGCUUUCCGCGUGCGAUUAUACUGUCAACAUUGCACGGCUUUGCUCAGCCCGCUGCCUGCCUCUCCUUCUACUUUUAGCAAUAUUAUCUGAAAUCGAAACGAGUCUAGGAUGGUGUCCGCCAUGGAUAUGUGCCAGGUCACUAAAACAGGAUCAGAGUGAACCCCGCCCCGUGAUUAACCAGUGGCAAGCGUUAGAUGCGGCGAUUGCAACUGCCAAUGCAUGGUGCGGAACGCGAGACCACAUCUUAAUGCGCCUCCAGCCUGUGUGGAAGUCCGUCAUUGAGACGGCGUGCUGUUUUAGGUUCAUCCAUGGUGUGCAGUGUCAGUAUUUGUUUGAGUACUUAUAG